UCCUGCGGUGGUACCAUUUAAAGGCACGCGCGGUUGCUAGGGGCGACUGACAACAGACAGCGGUUGAGAUAGUAUUUGGCAAACUGGAGAAAGAAACAACUGAUAUCAGCUGAUAAUAACGACACUUACUGAACACGUAUCACUUUGAAUCAGUCUUUUGUGACUUUGCCGGCUCAGUCAAACAGUAAGAGAAAAUGGCGGCCGUUAUUAAUACAGUUUUAUCAGAGAUCGGCUGGGAUGAGCGGUUUGCUAUCCCUGAACCUAACGCUGAAAACAAGGCUUUGAUUGAAGAGAUUCGUAAAAAAGAGAUGGAGUUGGUGCAACUGGACAACAAACUUGAGAGACACAGGGAACAAAAGCAGACAUUAACCGAAUUCUUUAAGAAUGUCAAACAAGAGCUGGACAGUACCGAGGCUCUGCUUAAAGCAAAGGAAAGAGAAGAAGAGUUUGAGAAACACCUCAACGCCCUCGCAGAGAGGGAGACAGGUCACCUGACACAGGAAGUUGCAAAGAUGGAGAGUGACAAUCGAUCUUUAGCAGAGAGGAAGAACAUGCUAGAGAAUCAUGUCUUCAAGGCCAAACAGAAGCUAGAGGACUUUAGGAACCAGAUGGACUGGGACCAGCAGACCUUGGACGCCUUUUUAGAGGAGUCGGCACGCAAAGAUGAGGACACAAUGACCAUCAUCAAGUAUGCCCAGCAAGACGAGCAGAGGAUAAAGUCACUCACUCUGGCUAUAGAGAAGAAGACACUGGAGGCCAGUGACAAGCGCAAAGCCCUUGACAAAGAAUUGACUGAGACUAUAUCUACACGGAUUGCUUUGGACAAAACGACAGAGAAUUUGCAGCAGGCCCACCAGGAGACACAGCAGCUCAUCCACCAGUGGGAAAACACCAUCAAGCAGAUGAAGCAGAGAGAUGCUGAGAUGCAGCAGUGUGCUCUGCAACUUGCCCAAGCCAACCAGAACAUCAGGGACAGGAACACCACCAUUGCAAAGAGGAAGCACUGGCUGGAAACUCAGAGGAACAACAAUAAGGAAACUGAGAGGAACCUAACCAUGGCCACCCGACAGGCUGUAAAGCUGCGGCAGGAUUUGAAGGAGCAGGAGAAUAACUGCAGCAGGCUGAAGGAUGAGCUGAAAAGUUGCAAAAGCAGACUGGACGGCGCAACCUCCAGUGUGGAGUCUGCGUCGUCCCACAUAUCCAGGAUGAAGAAAGACAUCCAGGAUAACAAUGACAAACUCAUGAGGGCCAAGGCCUACAAUGCUUUGCUGGAGGAGAAGCUGAAAGAUGUGACUCAGACCGCCCUCAGUGAGGAGGAGAGGGCUGCACAGAUGGACCAACUCCUCAAGGAUGAGGAACGGGCAAUUAAGGAGUUGGAUGUCCAGCUGCGUGACUACAGGGAAGAGCUUUUUCGUGGUAAAGAACAUUUGCAGGCCCUCAAGACAAAGGAGAAGGAUUCUAUUGCUCUGGUCUCAAGGAGUAAAUCCACCAUCAACCAACUGGAGAGCCAGCUGAGAAAACAGGAGGAGGAAUUAAAAAGACAGCAGAUUAUCAUGAUGGAACAGGACACCCAGAUCAUCCACCUAGACAAAAAAUUGGCACGGCUGCAAGGCGAAGUUCGCACCGAUGAAAAGCAAAUGUUGAACGUAAAGAUCGCUGAGCUGACCAAAACCCUAGAGGAGAAGAAGGAGACGGCCAACAAGCUGACCAGUGCGCUCAAGGAGGCUGAGGAUGAUAUUCGCUAUUUGAGGAAAGUGAUGGAGAAGUCAGAGGCUCAAAAGAGAGAUCUGACCGACAAGGUGGAGGAGCUCAUGCUUCUCUGUAACACCAAUGAAAAGGAGCUGAAGAGACUCAGGCUCAAGAGACAGGACACCCUGGUGGAGCACAACGUCAUGAAGACAGAGGUCGAGCGUGUGAGGAGUCUGCUGUACAGCAAGGCGGACAGCGUGCUGUCCCUGGAGAAGAGGAGGCUGGAGUUGCAGGAAGCCAUGAAGGACAGGGAGGAGGAGGUCAAGGUCUAUAAAAAAAUGCUAAAUCAGCAGCUCAAGAUCAGUGAGCAGGACAGACAGAAACUCAGCGUCGAACUGAGUGAGAAACUGUCCAAGGUCGACAUGAUGAAGAAACGCUUUGAGAUUGAGAUGUUUUCAAUGGCAGCCCCUGAGGGGGAAGAGGAGAAAUCACAGGCUUACUACAUCACAAAGGCUGCACAAGAGAAAGAGGAGCUCAAGCGAAAGGGAGACGAUCUGGAUGCUAAGAUCCGCAAGACGGAGCUGGAAAACAGAGCUCUAGAGAACACCAUCCGUUUGUUUGACAGCAGUAACACAGCAUUUCGCACAUCCCUCAACAAAGUGAAUGAAUCCAGUCCAGAGCACCAGGAAAAGCUGAAGCUAGAAGAGCAGUUGAGGGCAGCUGAAGAGACGCUGAAGUAUAAAAAGAGACAAGUCCAAGAGCUCCAACAGGACUUACAGGACAUGAACAAUACCUUGGAGAGUCUGCUGCAAGAUGAGCAGGUGGAGAAAGAUAAGAUACAGAGCAAACAGUCGCUCAUCGGUAAACUGAACAAAGAAAUCACUUCCCAGCAGGAGAAGGUUGACAGAGCCACAAAGCAGUGCUCUAAGCUGACCAAAGAGAUCCGCUCAGCACAGAACACCAAAACUGAGACAUUUGAGGAGAAGGACAUUAAGCUGAGGGAGUGGAAAGAAUUCAACAAGAGCAUCAACAAGAUGUUGAACGAGGCCAUGGAGGACAAACUCGACCUCAGAUCAGUGUUGGAGAAAUACUUCCUGCAGGCCAAUCUGUCUCUUCCAUCUCCGUCUUCCACUCCUGCCAGUGGCCGAAGCUCUAAGAGAAGCUCUGUGUGCAGCUCUGCCUCUCUCAGGUCUCCUGCGUCCUCAGCCAGCAGCAGCCCCAGGGCCUCUGUGUCACCUCACUCCCACGUGCUGAAGACUGUUGAAGUGGGCUUGGAUCUGGCUGUGACCUCCCCUCCUCUCACCACCUCCAGACGCUCCAGCUCUGUGAGCAGCAGCAGCAGCAGCAGCAGCAGCAGAAAGUUAAAGAACCUGUAGUCAUGAAGGAUUUAUCAUCACUCUUUAUUUACUGAUACGAGAGAAAGAGAAUUACAAUUACUCAUAGAUGCACAGAGUCUCAUCACACGAUGAGAUGUGAUCAACUCUGAAAUGUGGUUUCAAAGCUUUAAAAAGAGCUUUACAAUGUGUGAUGUCAUACUAGUUAUUUGUAGCCUUUGUUCAUUUCACUUUGUAGUUAUUAUAUUUAUGAAAAAUUAAUGUGGCCGAAAGGAAGACUUGAUUAUUUUCUCCUUUUAAUUAAAAAAAGAAAAAUAAUUCUUGUUAUUUCUUUGCUCUUUUUUUGUCUUAAAAACAACUCAUCACAUCUCAAUAAAAAGUAGCUGAAAAGUCUGAGAGCCCAUCAGAAUUUGCUGCCACAAUCUGUUUUUGGCUCAACUAAACCCUUUUUUUUUUUUUUUUUUGUGAUAACAAAAAUCCCUCUCUUAAUCUUUUCUGACAUGCAUGAUCUUUGGAUAAUUUACAAGGUAUGAAAUUAUUUUGCUUUGUAGAAGAAGCAGUUGAAAAAACACCCUGCAUAAAGCAAAUCACAACCUCAGAAAUUACGCGCUCGACAGCCUUAAAAAGGUUCUUUCUCAUAUUUCGUCGCACAGAACUGGUUUGCUUCAGCCUUUGUUACGUGCUUGAGUUGCUCCAGCCCAGACAAUUGUCUUUGACAUGUCAUGUUGUCAUUGCCACGCCCUCUUCAUGGCACAGAACAAAAGUAGCCAGAAGCUCUGUGGGAAUACGGACAACAUUUUCCCACUGCAGAUUUCACUCUUGUUUGGAAAUAAAGCUUCGACAUGCUGCUGCUGAUCCUGUUUGCUGGAUGUUUGGCCUCAUGUGCUGCACAGACAACGACCUUUAACUCCCUUGUCACGGAAGCUCCUUUUUCAGAGCCAAUACAGGCAACAUCAGUCCAGCCAGCAUCUGAUCCAGCAGACAACAUUGUGGCAAUCCUGCUGACAGCUGUUCAGUCAUAUCAUGAGUUAAAUGAAACAACAGUUGGUCCAAUCCUGGAACGGCUCUCCACCAUGAUCGAGGAGCUCAGACCAGAUCUGGACUUCAGUCUGUCAGUAAAGAACAUCACCAGAGUCUGAAACCUCAACAUAUAAGGUUUAUUUCUGUGUUUGCCAAGAUUUGAAAAAAAUGAGACUUUUGAAAAUGAUAUUCUCACUAACACUAUAUGGGCAAGGAGAAUCCUCGUUGGAGUUUUUAAUUCAUGUUUCUCCUUUCACUUUUUGGGAUGCCCCUAAAAAUGUGACAUGCUGCUCCACUUAGGACAAAGUGUGAGUCCUAACUAAGGUACAACACUUGCAUUUGCUUUGAUUCAUCAAAGAGAGGUAUGCAAACAAUGGAUAAUGUUGCCAUUAACAAUAACCAAGUGGUUUUUGUUCCUAAACAUAACCACAUGUCAACCACUGUGUUUAUAACUGCUGUGUGCAAAUGUAACGUAUCCAUUGCUUGCAGAAACAUACAAUACCAACAUUUAUUCUCGCAAUUGGGUUAACUAAUCUCCAAUGACACGUUGUCACUGAGUUGCUGUAAAAUGUAAAGAGGUGCAUGGAAGAAAUAAAUCAGUUGCCUCAUAAUCAGA